CUGAGCCUACAAUCUAGUCCGACUAGUCGACUAGGCGAAGCCACAGUGCGCUGUUUGAGGUGACAUUUUACUGCAUGUGACAGUAGCUGGAACAUCAGGGCGGUGCUGUCCCUACGAGUCGAGCCGUUUGCUGGUUUGGUUGACUUACUUGGUAAGUAGUUGCUUGCUGAUAUCAGCCCACACGGCGCAUCGUCGGCCAUCUCGCAGCCAGCAGUACGCAGGGAGGGCACACAUACCAAAAGUUAUCAUCCUAAACCGUGGACCAUCACCGUGUUGCGUGCUGGAAGGAGAUCCUGAGUGGUGUUUGGUCACUGGCUCAACAUCUGCGCCAAGAUAUUGAAGCAGAGGAAACGCCAAGGUUCCUUCCGACAGUGGAAGGAGGGCACCACCUUCACUAGCUCUUGCGGUGUGAAAGCUAGCGCGGUGCGACCAUGGCCACCGACCCUCAGCAGAUCACCUUGAAACUGAUGGGAGGAAAGCCAUGGGGCUUUCGCUUGCAGGGGGGAAAGGAUCACGGAGCACCGCUGCAAAUCACCAAGCUCCAGCGCGACGGAAAGGCUGCACGGCAAGGCGUAUGCGAGGCGGAUUACAUCCUGGCCAUCAACGAUGUUGUCUGCGACAAAGUCCUUCACAGCGAAGCGCUGAGCCUGCUCAAGACCUCGGGUCCCACCAUCACGUUGAAACUGCAGCGUGGAACAGCUCCAGUUCGACAAGGCGAGUCGAUCGAUGCGGGCAAGGCCAGACCACCGCAGUGGUUGGCAAGGAGUAGCAGCUUCAAACGACGCAAGCUCCGUGCUGCCCGGCCUGACAACCAAACAGAUGAUGACGAGGACAAAGAUGCAUCGACUGAAGCGGCAGCACACGCAGCAGAAGACGAUGUGGAUGGUGGUGGUCAGUCACGACAAGCCAGUGAAAUCAUUGUCAAUGAACCUGUCGUUUCAGAGGUUGCUGCUACAACAGAUGAGAAGUUAACAUCGGGAGAACCAGCAGCUCCAGAGGCUGUACCACAGCCAUCAACAAAUGAAGCCAGUGAAGAUGCAGCUGCCACUUCUCCUGCAAAGAGUCCGGCAGCGGAGCAGAAGGGGGAGAUGAAAGUGAAACCUGACUCCAUCGAGCUGCUGUCAUCGCCGACGAAAUUCAGCCGACCUGCUGCUCCAGGACGUGGAAAUCGAAGGAUUACUGCAAAGACAGUCACCAGUAGCAAGUCAGACGCGGAAAGCAACAUAUUGCCAGCUGCUGGAGGCAAGGGUGCAUCUGAUAAGGCCUGGUACAAGCAACUCUUCAAGAGCAUCAACAUAGCUGAUGAGGAGGAAUUGUCUGCUGCUCAUCAGCAGUCACUAUCCGUGCCGAAAAGCCCAAGAAAAGUGGCGCGAUCACCUACAUUUGGAGGCUCGUCGUCACCACGGAUUGUACCGGCGAUUGCACCGAAACCGAAGAUGAAACAGAGAUCGCUUACCACCGAUUCCGUGCAGGAUCGGCUGCAGACAGGUGAAGGGUCAGCUGAACAGCUGGCUACAUCUCCAUCGCGAGGACGUAGUAAUACUGUGUGUGAUCCCACGACAGCCAGCAGUAGCAGCGGUGCUAAACCACCAGUAGCCAAGAAACCAACAAAGCCACCAAAACCAGUCAGCCCGCAGAAGCCCGUAUCUUUGCAGUCGCAUGCAAAGGGCCAGCAAACAAGCAGCUCAUCUUCCCAGUCCACUCCUCAGCAACAAAUAUCUCCUACGAAAGUAUUCUCGCCUUCAUCGGCUAGCCCCAUAGCAGUAGUCAGUCCCACUUCCCCGAUUCAGCAGCAGCAGCAGCAGCGCAUGAAGCCCACGGUAUCCCCCAAGCCCAGUGUAAACAUAGCUCCAAAGGGAUUCUCAUCGCGUCCACCACCUGCUCGCAGCACUCCCUCACCCAACAGGCAAGACGCAGUAUAUGUUCAUCAUGAGAGCACUGAAGAUAUUUCCAGAGAAGCAACUGGCAGUGAAGCGUGUACUGCUGAGGCACCCGCUGCAGACGCACCUCAAACUGACACACCAAUCGAGCAAAGCCACAGUGAUCAAGUUGAAAGCCAAGAGACUGAGCCGGCGGUAGUACAAAGUAGUGCACAGCCUGAAGACACGGCUGCUGAAGAGAAGUCACCUGAAUCAGUAGUGGAUACUGCACUGGCCAGGGUUUCAGAUGCUGCUGAUCAGAAUGGCAACACUGUGCAACAGGCCAGCAGUUCCCAUGAGGCACCCGAGCCUGAGCUACCACAGGCUGUAGAAGCACAGGCUGUAGAAGCACAGGCUGUAGAAGCACAGGCUGUAGAAGCAGAGAUAGAAGAAACCCAGACAACCAUGGAUACCGAGGAUUCAACGAAACAGGCGCCUGAAGAAGAGGUGGCGGCGCAGAUGACUGUGGAAACCAAUCUAGAAUCAGCGCCCAUCGCAGAGCCUGAUCUUCAGGAAGUGAAUGAACCCACGGAAACAGCUGAGGACAGAGUUGAUGAGCCAUGUGUUGCCGCUGCCAAUGCAGACUCGGAUGUACAGCAGAGUGCAUCUGAUGUGGUUGAAGACACUGUGACUUUCGGUGAGGCUGCUACCGAUGAGACCGCUGUGACCGCAGAAGUGGAAGACAUUGAGCAUCCAGAGAUUGAUGAUGGACAGGAUGUAGCAGUUCCUGAUGAAAUGGAAAAACAAACCGACGAGGGUGAUCAGAGCGUUGCAACAGCUUCUACCGCAGAAGUAGCAGCGGAGGAAGUGGCUGACGAUCAGCCCCUUGCAGAAAGUUCAGGUGAUGUUGGCGACUCAGCAGCCGCGGAGGAACUGGCUGACGAUGCGCCACAUGCUGAAAGCUCAGGUGACGUCGGCGACUCGGCCGCGAACGAUAAUGCGCCAGCACCAGGCAGCAGUUUUCAAGAGAACACACCAGCCAGCGAAGUAGCCGCAUUGGUCGAGGAGCAGAUCAUUCCUGCGCGGGUGGUGCCGAGUGAAGAUAUUUAUGAGGAUGUAGUCCACACGGAGCCCAUAAUAGCUGAUAACAAUGACCUGUAUGAUGAUGUUCUGUUCGAUGAUCGUGUCGACGGCAAAGUGGCCGGCAAUCAGAAAGAGCACGAGGUCAAAGAACUUCAGGCACACCAUGGACUGGCAAAAGGACUGUUCACCUACACCGCACAUUCUGCAAGAGAGAUCAGCUUCCAGCGAGGUGACGAAGUCACGCUACUUCGCAAGGUCGACGACAACUGGGUGGAGGGAGAGUUCAAUGGUAGUACAGGGAUUCUCCCCGUCAACUAUGUGGAAAUACUGAUCCCAAUCCCCGAGAGUACCUCCCACCCUGCUGACACUCCAGCCGAACAGCAAGCAAAACAGACAGCAGCAGCAGCAACAACGCCUGCGGCUGCAGAAAAGGCAACAACCGCAACACCGACAGCCUCAUCCAAUACGGCAACCACCGCCACCUCUACCGCUGCAGCAGCAGCUGCAGCUGCCAGCACAGCAGCAUCGAAUGCACCGAGAAGCCGUUCCCAGUCUAUUGUGACGAAACCCACAAGGGCACCGCCCAGUGCACCUGGAAACACUGGAAACACUGGAAACGGCAGCAACCCGGCAACAAAUGAACCAGCAGCACAGAACAACAGGAGAGAUGGUGCUGGAGACGAGGCCACGAAAUUGGUCAAGCCGUGUGCCAUUGCUCGCCAUGAGUUUGUUGCUGAUCACAAAUGGGAGCUUUCCCUGAGAAAGGGAGAGCUAGUGACGCUGCUAACACGUGUUGAUGAAAACUGGUACGAAGGCCGACUGAGCGGCAAGAAGGGAAUUUUCCCUGUGAGCUACGUGGAGGUUCUAUGCGAUGUAGAGCCAAGUACCAAUGGACAAUCAGAAGCUUCAAGCACAACGACAAAUAAGAACACUGCACCGACAUCCAAAGACACUAAAGGAGAAAAGUACGUGGCUAUGUUUACUUACGUGGCGCAGAAUUCGGACGAGCUUGACCUGACGGAUGGCGACAUAGUAAUGGUGGAAGAUAAGUGUGAUGAUGGCUGGUUCGUUGGCAGGUCGGUGAGAUCGGGAGAAUUUGGAACAUUCCCCGGUAACUAUGUUAAGGCUGCGUGAUGGCUCCAUCAACGAGUUUACCUCACUGUUCAGUGCACCACCGUAGCAUUACCUCCAGCGCAAGCUAGUUGAACAACUUUCAACACUCACGCGGCAGGUCUGUCAGCCCGCACGCAAGCAAUGGCAUCGCUCACGGACGUCCUAUCUGCUUCCGUCGAUGUACUGCUGCUCUGCUUCUGCGAGGGCAGUGGCGGCAGGGUCUAACAGAUAUCAUAGUACUGCCCGACUCUAGUGGUAUACCUGCCGCUGAACACUCAUGAGUAGCUUAGCUAGUCUGUGUGCAUCUACAUGUACAUGUAUGUGUGCAAUAUAUGUUGCCGUGCAUCACAAUGUCCCAUUGAACAACACUACCAUGCUCCAAAGCUGCCAGAGCUGCACACCGGCUGUCGAUAGUUGCCGCAGUGCCAAUGCAUGCCCGACGUGUUAGGAUCAAAGGCCAGAAUUGCCGCUAUCAGAUAUGCGUCUUCUAUUCGCGGCUGCUGCACCGGUGUGGGCUCUAUACACUGAUCACCACGGUGACCAGCACAGUUGAGUAGGUGGAGCAAUCGCACAGUAUAUAGGUAUGUGCUGGAUCAUGAUAUGACUGUCACAGUAAUAUUGCCAAAUUUGACGUGUAGUGGCUUGUCUCCAGAAAGACAACUCUCUCUAUUAUUUGCCGGAACCGCCACGCCAGAUAUUAUACAAGACUGGAAUUUUUCAUUGCCAUUUAUACAGAAUUCUGAUGAAACCAUGGAUACCGCAGUGGCGUUCUAUCUAUGUUUUAUGUUACACCG